AUGGGCCCGGACUCGUUCCUGCUCAUUAGUGAAACGAUGCUCCCGGAGUCGGGGGUGUUGCUGCCCUCGGUGAUCUCCGAUAUGCAAAUGAUGGGCUCAUUCGCUUCGCUCGAGCAAAUACGCGACCAGUGGCCCUCCUCAAGAGCGCCGGUCUCGAGCUUGUCCACGUAUGGCCCGCGGGAUGCGACGUAA